UGACGACGCCGUCUCGCCCUCGCUCCUUCGACGCCCCCUAGCGCCAUGCACUCGCCGGCGCCGCUCCCGGUCCCGCCCACCAAUACGCCGUCCCCGGCUCCUCGCCCCAGCCGGGCGCCUGCCGUUCCGGCUGCCCGCCGCCGCCGCCCGCCUUCCUCCCCGUCCGUUCCCGAUGCUGAGCAGCCGGACGCCCUCGCCCGCAUCCUCCGCACCGAGGCCGCCGUCUCGGGCGUCUCCCGCAAGGCCGCGGCCGCGCGGCAGCAGUCCACCCGCCUCUGGCCCCGCGCCGUCCUCGAGGCCCUCGACUCCGCCAUCGCCGCCUGCCGCUGGGAGUCCGCCCUCGAGAUCUUCGAGCUGCUGAGGAAGCAGCACUGGUACGAGCCCAGGUCGCAGACCUACGCGCGGCUGCUGAUGAUGCUCGGCAAGUGCCGGCAGCCCGGCCCAGCCACCGCCCUCUUCAAGGCGAUGCUCUCGGAGCGGCUCCGGCCGACGGUGGACGUGUACACGGCGCUCGUCGGCGCGUACGGCUACAGCGGCCUUCUGGAGGAGGCGAUGGCCACCAUCGACCAGAUGAAAGGUGCUGCUGAUUGCAAGCCGGAUGGGUACACGUUCUCUGUCCUCAUCGAUUGCUGCGCCAAGUCGCGUCGCUUUGAUCUGAUUCCCGCUGUUCUUGAUGAGAUGUCAUACCUGGGGCUUGAAUGCAAUUCUGUUAUUCACAAUGCGAUAAUUAACGGGUACGGUAAAGCCGGUUUGCUCGAGGAGAUGGAGAGUGCACUUUCCAAGAUGCUUGAGAGUGGGAACAAUGUGCCGGACAUUUACACAAUGAACUCUAUCAUCUGGGCUUAUGGGCACCACGCAAGGACAGUUGAAAUGGAGAAGUGGUACAACGAGUUUGAGUUGAUGGGUGUUGAGCCAGAUACCAAGACAUUUAACAUCAUGAUCAAGUCCUAUGGUAAGUCUGGCAUGUAUGACAAGAUGAUGGCGAUAUUCAAAUAUAUGAAGAAACGGUUCUUCUCACCGACCGCGGUUACCUUCAACAUAGUAAUAGAAUGUUUUGGGCGUGCUGGCAACAUUGAAAAGAUGGAGUACUACUUCCGGCUUAUGAAAAUUCAGGGUGUGAAACCCAGCCCCAUCACUUACUGUUCGCUAGUCAAUGGGUACAGCAAAGCUGGACUUCUUGACAAGGUUCCAGGAAUUAUUCGGCAGACUGAGAACACUGAUGUUGUCUUAGAUACUCCAUUCUUCAACUGUGUGAUAAGCGCAUACGCAAAAUCUGGAGAUAUCCAAAUAAUGGAAGAAAUGCUACAGCUUAUGAAGGACAAGAAAUGUAAGCCUGACAAGGUAACUUAUGCCACCAUGAUUCAGGCAUACACUGCACAUGGGAUGGAUGAAGCUGCUAGGUUGUUAGAGAUGGAGGCUGAAAGAUUUGAUAAAAAGUUGCUGGGACCGGUUUCUGAGGUUGAUGGCAAAUAAUGCAUACAAUCCUUCCUUCGUGGAGACGGCAAGGGAACCAGAAAAUGCAGAACUCUUCCUAUAUCCUGGUCAGACAACUAGUUCCUCAGGCAUGUAAUCCGUCCAUUUGGGGCUCACAUUCAGUACUCGAAUAUGAUGGCCGUGCUCAUACAAGCAGAUUGCAGGAUCUUCCAUCGUGCUGAUGGCCUGAUCCUUCUCGACAUAUUGCUGUAUUGUACAGUUCUAACAGCUUCCAACUAGGACUGAGGGAGGCUGGGAUCCUAAGAUGGGGAAACACCAUGGAUGACACUGACAGCUCAAGAAUAAGCGGUUGGGGGAACCGCGCACAGGUCACAGGAGUUGCAUUCCAGACUUGGUCGAAGUGUAACCAAUUAGCUAUCCCUUCGUUUGCGGGGUUGACCAUCGGCAGUACGUCAAGGAUCUCAGUUUGGAGCAAUCACUAGUGUCCAUUGUUACUGAACAUUUUGGUGCUGACGAACCGGUAAAACCCGGCACAUGUAAUGUUCGUGCAAUCUUGCGUGCUUUCAGGCUGUAAAUGGAUGCAAUCUUUCUAGUUUCUUGAUCGGUUAUGUACUCAGAUUUGGGUGGUUUUUGCCCCUCCUUUUGCAAUGUAAGCAAAGCGCAAUGCCCAAGCGCUCUGAUCAAUGCACAUCACUGAACAUACCAGUGUUAACAUCACCAGAGCCUGGGAAAUGUAUCCGAGUAAUCCACAGAUCCAACCAGGAACCGUCAUCUGUUGGCAGGCAGCGUCCCGUCCCGUCCCGUCCAGACUUGAAAGGAUCAGCACCAGCAGGCAGCAGCGUGCAGUACGCGCCACGGCAAUCUGGGGCCAAGCAGUCGCAUCUCAUCGGAGUGGACUAACCGACCAACGCCCCCGUCCGAUCCGAGGGGCGACGCGGCGGGAGGGCCCCCAUGGACUUGUCGUCGUCGUCGUCGGGGCAGCGGCGCCGGCGCCGUCGGAGGGCGCACACGGCUGAGGAGGCGGCGGAGACUCUGCGGAAGGCGUGGUGCCGGCUGCGCCUCUCGGCGCGGGACCCGGCGCGCGUGCCGCCCUGGGACGCCGUCGUGCUCACGGCCGCCAGCCCCGAGCAGGCAGCGCUCUACAACCGCCAGCUCGAGCGUGCCCGGAGCCUCGGUCGCUUCCCCGCCUCCACUACGGCCAUCGCCGUCCCGGACCCAGACGGCGCCCGAAUCGGCUCCGGCGCUGCCACGCUACACGCCGUCGCCUCCCUCGUUCGCCACCUCGCCGCCCAGGCUUCCAAGGAAGAUAUAGCUGAAUUCCUUCCCGAAGCAAAUGGCUGUUCUGGGGAUGACUCCGCACUUGCCGCAGCAGCGAGCUUCAUGGCGAAGAAGCACGUGCUCUUACUUCACGCCGGGGGUGACAGCAAGAGGGUUCCAUGGGCGAACCCCAUGGGGAAGGCUUUCCUGCCCCUGCCUUACCUGGCCGGGGACAAUCCUGAUGGACCCGUUCCACUUCUCUUCGAUCACAUUCUCGCAAUUUCAUCUAGCGCAAGGCAAGAGUUCAACAAUCAAGGUGGGAUCUUCAUAAUGACAGGGGAUGUUCUCCCCUGCUUUGAUGCCUCAAACCUGGUUCUUCCUGAAGAUGCUGCUUGCAUUGUGACGGUGCCCACUACUCUGGAUGUUGCCGCUAAUCAUGGAGUGGUUGUAGCAUCAAAGGGUGGCGGGAUUGAUCAGGAGAACUAUUCUCUAUGUCUGGUUGAUAAUCUCAUACAGAAGCCAACGGUGAGCGAGCUUGUAGAGGGUCAUGCCAUCCUAGAUGAUGGGAGAGCAUUACUUGACACGGGAAUAAUAGCAGCAAGGGGUAAAGCAUGGCAGGACCUUGUCACGCUUGCACGCUCAUCCAGCCAUACCAUGAUCAAGGAGCUCAUGACUAGUAAGAAAGAGGCAAGCUACCAUUUCCAGCAUUGCGAGCUAUAACAUUUAUCUAGCAGGACUUUCUUUUCUUAUGGUUUCCUAAGACACUUUUGGAUGUUGCACAGAUGGUUAAUUCAUAUCUAUUGAAUUAUAUUCAUUAAAUUAAGAAAAUAUGAUUAUUCUUGCGAUAUACUUUCCGCAUAUUUAACAGUUAGAAAUGCUUGUCCUCUGAUCUUCAACAUCUUUCUGAAGUCAUGUUUACUGUGAAUGCUGAAUACUCAAUUGCAGUGCAGGAUGUUCCUUAUUGUACAUUCUGAAUAGCCUUUUAACCCUUAAGAUAAUUAUAUUAAGGCACCACCAAUCUGGUUUUUCAUUUUGUACUUUGAUAUGAUAGCACCGAAACGUGUAGUGCGGUAGAAACUGAAUAUGUAUUCUUGAUCUGAAGCAAUGGCUUUUCUGUCCUUAAGAGAUGCUAAUAUAAUUAUAUGUUAGUCCACUCACCGUCCCAUGCUGAAAGUGUAUUUUCAGAACUCAAUUAAUCUUAUCUUCUUGUAGUAUAUCUAUUUAACUUAGAUCUGAAAUAUCGAAAGUAUUUUCUAAACUCUACCCCUGAUGCUAUGUUACUUCUUAUUAGGCACAUUUCUCUGAUUGCAUAUGUACCUUGAGCUUUUGAUUUGUACGAUCAUGCUUGCCAAUUUCUGCAGUUGAGCUUAUAUGAAGAUCUUGUUGCGGCAUGGGUACCAUCCAAGCAUGAAUGGUUGAGAAACCGUCCAUUGGGCAAGGAACUGAUUGCUGCUUUAGGAAAACAAAGGAUUUUCAGCUUCUGUUCAUGUAUGUUUCUACUUAUUAUGCAGCUAUUGUUGCUUCGAGCUAGUGCAUCAUCUUGGUUUCUAGAGUCAGUGGCGGAGCUAGAAAUGAGCCGGGGGGGGGGGGGGGGGGGGGGGGGGGGGGCAUUUUGCCUAACUUAUAAACAUAUAUACUAGCAAGAUAUUGCAAACAAAUUCGUCUUCCAUCGUAUUGCGCAGCCCUAUUUUGAUGAUCUUCAAGGUAGAAAAAGCACACACUCAAUGAAACUGGUAGAGUGAGAAGCAACCGAAACAAUCUAUCAUUCAAGUGUGUCAAAACCUUGUACUGUGAAGACAUCAAAACCACUUCUUCUCUUUAUAUUCUUACUGGAAAUGAAGCAAAGAAGACAAUAUGCACAGUGGUUGCUCUCUGAAUACUCUAACCAAGAAGGAAAAUCAGUGAACCAACUAAACUUGAAAUGACGCUAUGUGAUUUCAUUUGGGCCAAGGGGGGGCCACAGCCCAUGUUUGCCGACAUGUAGCUCCGCCAGUGUCUAGAGUUAUGCCUUCAAGUUUUCUGUUUUCAUGAACUCCCUCCAUUUUUUAAAAGGUCUGUACUAAAAAAUGGAGGGAGUAAUUAUUAAAAUUUCAUCUGGUGUAACAGAUUCUAUCCGAUCCUAUCGUCAUUCCUUUCAGUCGUGCAAUUGAAAUGCUGAGUUGUGAUGGUCUUGCUUUUCAGAUAACUUCUCAUUUUUACAUUUUGGUACAUCUGCGGAGGUUCUUGAUCACUUGGCGGGUUCCUAUUCAGGACUUGUAGGUCGAAGGCAUAUGUGCUCACUACCAGAGACCACUGCUUGUGAUAUUGCAGCGACAGCUAUUAUUUUGUCUACCAAGAUUUCUUCUGGGGUCUCAAUAGGAGAGGAUUCAUUGGUUUAUGAUUCAGUACUUUGUGGUAGAAUACGGAUUGGUUCGCAAUCCAUUGUUGUUGGGGUGAAUAUAAGUGAGUUUCAUGUGUACAGUCCUCAGAUAAUCAAUAGUAGCACUUGUUUCACAUUACCUGAUCGCCAUUGCCUCUGGGAAGUACCAUUGGUAAACUCUGCAGGAAGAGUUUUGGUUUACUGUGGUCUUCAUGAUAAUCCAAAAGUUUCUGUUAAGAGGGAUGGUACAUUCUGUGGCAAGCCAUGGAUAAAUGUUUUGGAAGAUCUUAGAAUCCAGGAUAUGGAUCUUUGGAACUCAACCAGCCAGGACAAGUGCUUAUGGACUGCAAAACUUUUUCCUGUCAUGUCUCUCCCUGAAAUGCUGAAUGUAGGCAUGUGGCUUAUGGGGUCAGCAUGCGACCCAGAUGGAAAAAUAGCUACCUUGUGGAGAAAAUCACAGAGGGUCAGCUUGGAAGAGCUGCAUCGUGCUAUCAACUACAGUCAGCUUUGCGCGGAUUCAAGCAAGCAUCAGUCAGAUAUUGCAGCUGACAUAGCCAAGUCUUGUAUGAACUAUGGCUUACUUGGACGUAACCUGUUUCAACUUUGCGAGGAAGUGUUACAAAAAGAUACAUGUUUAACACUCUGUGAAGAAUUGCUUUCAAUUUUUCCUAGUCACGGGGAUCAGUAUUCUGGGGUUCUUCCUCAGAGCAGGGAAUAUCAGGUCAAGAUGGAUCUGCUUAGAGCUUCCGGUGAUCUUUCCACUGCAUGUAUCAUUGAAGACAAAGUAUGGGCUUCCAUAGCAAGUGAAACUGCAGCAGCGAUAAAAUAUGGACCAAAAGAGCCAUCAAGCGGUUCCAUGUCUUCAACCCAUGGAAACUUGCAUCCUAGGAAGGCCUUUGUACAAUUACCAGUCCGUGUGGACUUUGUUGGGGGGUGGAGUGAUACACCUCCAUGGAGCUUGGAGCGUCCAGGUUGUGUUUUGAAUAUGGCAAUAAGCUUGGAAGGAAGUCUUCCAGUUGGCGCUAUGAUAGAGACAACAGAAGAUCACCUUGGAGUUUCAAUCGAAGAUGAUUCUGGCAGGAAUGUUUAUAUUGAUGAUCUGGCAUCUAUUUCAUCUCCAUUCGAAGAAAGUGACACGUUUCGUUUAGUCAAGUCUGCUCUUAUUGUUACUGGUAUCCUUGGCCAUAAAUUAUUUUCAAAAUCAGGCCUGAACAUCAGGACAUGGGCAAAUGUUCCUCGUGGAAGUGGACUGGGAACUUCUAGCAUAUUAGCAGCUGCUGUGGUUAAGGGACUAUUUCAAGUUAUGGAAGAUGAUGGAAGUGAUGACAAUGUUGCUAGAGCUGUUCUAGUGGUAGAGCAAAUAAUGGGAACCGGUGGUGGAUGGCAAGAUCAAAUCGGUGGCCUAUAUCCUGGAAUCAAGUGCACCCAGAGCUUUCCAGGACAACCAUUGCGGUUGCAAGUUGUUCCACUGUUGGCCUCACCUCAGUUGAUUCAGGAAUUAGAACAGCGUCUCCUGGUUGUGUUCACUGGCCAAGUAAGGCUUGCCCACCAAGUCCUGCAGAAAGUUGUAACUCGAUACCUCCGCCGCGAUAACAUCUUGAUAUCCAGCAUCAAGAGGCUCGCCGAGUUGGCCAAAAUUGGGAGGGAAGUCUUGAUGAAUGGUGAUAUAGACGAGCUCGGCAGUAUAAUGCUGGAGGCCUGGAGGUUGCAUCAAGAGCUAGACCCUUUCUGCAGCAACAAGUUUGUGGAUGAGCUAUUUGCUUUCGCCGACCCUUACUGCAGUGGCUACAAGCUGGUCGGAGCCGGUGGUGGUGGCUUCGCCCUGCUGCUUGCCAAGAACCCUAGCUGUGCUAAAGAACUUAGGCAGGCACUUGAUGAGUCCAGCACCUUCGAUGUGAAGCUGUACGACUGGAACAUCGUUAUGCCACGAUGAUGAGGUGGUGCCUGACGAGGUUUACACGUCAUUCUUUUCUUACGGUUGAUAGAAGCUGCCUGUGCAGUCGUAGCUGGUUCAUAUGUAGUGUGCUUUUUUUUAAGACUAUACUUUUUUCUGACUGGUUCCAUCCCCCCCCCCCCCCCCCCUCAUUAUGUGUUAUUGAGCAUGAACAGUUAUAGUGUUCUGUUGCACUAUUCCUAUCGCAGUCUUGCUCUAAUGGCAGUCCGUCGGUGAACAUUGUGAUCUUGGUGGUACUGUUGCUCCAA